AAUGCUAUUAGAUCAGUAUCUACCACACCGGAUUUAAAUAAAUGCAAUAGCAAUAGUAACGAUAACUCUGAUGGUGGGAAUGAUCUGCAAUCGAUGCUGAUAAAUUCCGGAAAUAUGAACGCCACAAGAAAACGAAUAUGUGACAAGAGCCCAUUGACAUUAGCAGGCGGUCUGCCAUACAUGCUGGAAAGAGCUGGACUUGAUGUGCAACAAGAAAUCCAGCGAAAUCGUGAAUUUUAUAAAAAUGCUGAUGUUCGACCACCGUUUACAUAUGCUUCACUAAUUAGACAAUCGAUUAUUGAGUCACCCGACAAGCAGUUGACGUUAAAUGAAAUUUAUAAUUGGUUUCAAAAUACAUUUUGUUAUUUUCGGCGCAAUGCUGCUACUUGGAAGAAUGCUAUACGCACUAAUUUGUCAUUGCAUAAAUGCUUUGUACGUUACGAAGAUGACUUUGGCUCCUUUUGGAUGGUUGACGACAGUGAGUUUGUGAAAAGGCGUCACUUGUCGAGAGGCCGUCCGCGCAAAUAUGAGCCGUCUUCAUCGCCCAAUUCAAAUUCGCAACAGUUUGGCAGCACGAUUGCCACGACAGCAUCUAGCGAUGUAGUCGAUGGCGGUAGUGUUGUCAACGAUCCAAUUGCCAACAGUCCAGAUUCAUCAACUACUGCUGGCUCCUCGUCGCAACGUCAACGAUGUGCCAACAGUAGCAGUAACCUGUACCACAGAUAUGGCAACAAUAAAAGCGAUGCUAGUGAAAAUAAUGGUGGUAACGACGACUACGAUAUCUGCGAAGUUAGCCAAAGAAGUCCAGCCGGGUGUCAGACACACACGCACAGUAGUGGUCCUAGUAAUAGUAAACAGUACUGUGGCUCAAAGCAACGUCCCCAGCUGCAAGGUUCGAUUAUAGGCAUUGCAAUCAAAACGAAUUUAAAUUCACUAAUCGAUCACAAUCAUAUGGCGAGUCGAACGAACUCCGCUGGUGGCGGUGUCGUAGCUACAGGAACUAAUCCUGGCGUCGGCGGCAUUGGUGAUAUUGGCUCCGUUGGAAGCUUAAACGUUGACAACCAUAAUAAGGACCCUUUACAUAUUGCCACCAACAUGACUGUUGAAACGGAUGACACUAAUGGAUACGAUUUCCAUACACAGUAA